AAACACACUGACUGGUGUGUUUGCUCCUCGUCCACCCACUGGUCCCCACAAGCUGAGAGAAUGUCUCCCACUGAUCAGUUUCUUAAGGAACAGACUUAAGUAUGCCCUGACAGGAGAUGAAGUUAAAAAGAUCUGCAUGCAGCGGUUCAUUAAGAUUGACGGCAAGGUCCGAACUGAUAAAACCUACCCUGCUGGUUUUAUGGAUGUCAUCAGCAUUGACAAGACUGGAGAGAAUUUCUAUGAUACCAAGGGUCGAUUGGCUGUUCAUCGUAUUACACCUGAGGAGGCAAAGUAUAAGUUGUGCAAAGUAAGAAAGAUCUUUGUGGGCACAAAAGGAAUCCCUCAUCUGGUGACCCAUGAUGCUCGUACCAUCCGCUACCCUGAUCCCCUCAUCAAAGUGAAUGACACCAUUCAGAUUGAUCUGGAGACUGGAAAGAUUACUGAUUUCAUCAAAUUUGACACUGGUAACCUGUGUAUGGUGACUGGAGGUGCUAACCUGGGAAGAAUUGGUGUGAUCACUAACAGAGAGAGACAUCCUGGCUCUUUUGAUGUGGUUCAUGUGAAAGAUGCCAAUGGCAACAGCUUUGCAACCCGACUUUCAAACAUUUUUGUUAUUGGCAAAGGCAACAAACCAUGGAUUUCUCAUACCUCAGAGGAUCAUUGUGAAAAUCCAAUAAGAUAA